UCUCAUUUUUAAUUUACUCUGAUCGAAAUCUGGGAAACCAAAAAAAUUGGUCGAACCAACGAAAUCCCUCACCCUCAUUUCUCAGUUCGACAACUCUGCAUUGAGCAACCAACGUCGAACAAACGAACGAACGAAAGAAACCAGUGUCGAAACAGGAAGUUAAUAAGACUCGCCUUAAACGUUGUAUUUAGAAUCUUGAGGUUUACAGGUAAGGUGAUGGCAGGCAAAGCAGCAAAAUCUGUGGUGAAGAUGGUAACUGAGUAUCAAUACCCAUGGCGAGAAAAGUUGGCAAAAUACAAAGAUGAGCUAUCUAAGGGUGUUUGGGGUUACUGGGAGUUAGGGGCAUGGAAGCCGCUUGGUAUUAGUGCUCGUCGUAGGGCACGUCUCCGCAAAGAAGUCCUCCUAGCUGGAGACGAUUGGCCAUAUGACCCAGAGAGGAAAGAGAUGAGGAACAAGAGGAAAGGGCAUAAGUGUGACAGAGUAUCUGCAGAAAAGAGAGCAAAUACAGCUGAGUUGAUGAAGAAAAUGCCAGAAAUGUUAUUGGAUUACAAGAAGCGCAGGUGGGAAAAGAAGAUGAAGGAAGAGGAUGCAAAAAAUUAACUCGCCUUUCUGUUUUUCUUUCCUUCAUGAACAUAAACAAGUUUUUGUGGUGAACACUUAAUAACUUCAGGUUGCGAACUUAACUGGAAAACUCUACAUUUGGAGCUACUGCCGAUUUCAUGUAA